CCUUCCUCGCGGUGCACUCUGGGACUUUACGUAAAGCCGACAUGGCGGCCGCAUGCACCAGAGCCCUCUGUAAGGUCGGCUGCAGGAUUCUGGAGUCCCCCGCCGCCCGCCGGCCCGGCUCCGUCUCCUACCUGCUGGGUAAUGUGGGCGGAGGCGCCUCCAGGAGGGCGUACGGUACCUCCGGCGGGCCCGGGCUGUCCUCUAUGGGCCGGGGGGGCAGCAGGGUGCUGGGCUGCGCUGUGCUGCUCGGUGCCGGUCUGGGUCUCUAUCAAACUGUCAAGUUCAGGCUCCAGCAGCACCUGGCCGAGGAGUGCACCCAGGCGUGUGGAGGAGCGGGCGGUCUGAAGCUGCAGCUGACCCUGUACCAGUACAAGACGUGCCCGUUCUGCAGCAAGGUGCGAGCCUUCCUGGACUACCACGGGCUGCCCUACGAGGUGGUGGAGGUGAACCCGGUGAUGAGGAAGGAGCUCAAGUGGUCCACCUACAGAAAAGUUCCCAUCCUGAUGGUGGACCACAACGUGCAACUGAACGACUCGUCUGUCAUCAUCAGCUCCCUCAAGUCAUAUUUAAUCAACCAAAAAAAGGACAAACGGAUAUCUGAGGUCUUGCUCUGCUACCCCGAGAUGAAGUCAGUGGACGACCGAGGGAAGGAGGUGACGGAGUUCAGCAACAAGUACUGGCUGAUGCUGAGUGAGGACGACACAGCCGCCGUCUACCCAGAGAAGGGCUCCCAGAAAGAGGAGAUGAAGUGGCGUAAGUGGGCUGACGAGUGGCUCGUGCAUCUCAUCUCUCCCAAUGUGUACCGGACCACCGACGAGGCCCUGGCAGCCUUCGACUACAUCGUGCGCGAGGGAAAGUUCGGCACUUUCGAAGGUUUCUUUGCUAAAUACGUGGGUGCUUCGGCCAUGUACCUCAUCUCCAAAAGGCUGAAGAGACGAUACAACCUGCAGGACGACGUCCGGCAGGAUCUGUACAAGGCCGUGGACGAGUGGGUGGCGGCCAUCGGCAAGAACAGGAAGUUCAUGGGUGGAAGUCAGCCCAACCUGGCAGACCUGGCGGUGUUCGGCGUGCUGCGGGUGAUGGAGGGGCUGCAGGCGUUUGAUGAAAUGAUGGCGAACACCAAGAUCAAACACUGGUACAGACGGGUGGAGAGGGCCACGCUCAACCACGACGGCCGCAACUGUUUUGUGGUUUAAUUUCACCUCAGUGACCAUGGGAGCUGCUGGUCUACCGCUGCCUCAAUCAGCUGCUUGGUUUGUGUUAUUGUGCGACUUUAACGGUUAGUUCAGAUUCACCAAAGUUUCACCACAAACAAGCUGAGCGAUGGAGGCGCCAGCAGAGCCACAUCUCCCGCGUUUUGUGAAGUAAAAUCACGGUUUUUAUCAAUAAAGUCUGGUAGAUUUGAAGAGAGCAUAUUAAAAAUCUUAAGUUCCCAAAGUGCUGUAUUUCUGCAUGGUAAAUAAUAAUGAUUAUUAUAUAUUAAUAUAUAGAUACAGUCAUGGAACAAAUUAUUAGACCAUUAUUUUCUUCAAUUUCUUCAUUUUAAUGCCUGGUACAACUAAAGGUUCAUUUGUUUGGACAAAUAUAAUAACAACAACAAUAGAUCAUAAGAGUUUAAUUUAAGAGCUGAUAUCGAGACAUUUUCCAUUGUUUUCUUGAUAAUGAUUUUGGUUAUUAUGUAGAAAGCCAUGGAAAUUGUCUAGAUAUCAGCUCUUAAAUUAAACUCUUAUGAGCUGUUCUUAUCAUUAUUUGUCCAAACAUAUGUACCUUUAGUUGUACCAGGCAUUAAGAUGAACAAGAAAUUGAAGAAAACAAUGGUCUAAUAACUUUUUCCAUGAUUGUAUAUAAGUGCAACCACUUCAAAAAAAGUAACCUUUUAAAGCUAAAAACCUGUCAAAAUCCCUUUUACGUUAACCAAUAAGUGAGCUUAUGUUUGAAGAAGUGAUUGUCAAUUUCCUGCUAAUAUAUUUUCUUUAUUUUCCAUUAUUGGGAAGUGAAAAUAUCCCUUUUCAUACUUUGUGUUUCCGUUUGGAAAUUGGUGUCACAAAAAGGCCUAAACUAAGUGUUUUUCUUCACCAUGACUGAAAAAAAUAAUAAUUUGGAAACUAUAUUUGUUCAUUAACAUGGUUUAUAUCAGUGGUUUUCAACUAAAGAUUUUGAAAUUGUUUCUGAUUUUGCUCCAAUUUUUGCCAAAUUCCACAAAUAUUGAAGUUUCAGCUCUCAACUUCCUGACUAAAAAAGAAAAAAAAUGAAUGAUUGAAAUGAAUAAUUGUCCUUAUGUAGUUUAAUGUGAUCAAAAAAGUAGAUUUUCUGGUCCAGUUGACUGGUUCAGAUUCUCAGAUGGAUCUGGGCGUGUCUGUUAGUUUCAGCUGGUCGUCUCAGAAACCUUAGCGUACCCGUCUCACAUUUGUCUGGAUACGAAGUGUCUGGAUAUGGAAGUUUUACUGUAAACUUAAUACAGAUCAGGUUCUCUAUUUAUUCCAGUUUCUGUUUGUAACUGACGCAGGAAUCGAUGAGCUCAUCUGCCGGUGUGAAAUUAAUCUGAUGAGCUAUUUGAAUGUACUUAAUAUGCAAACUGCACAUCGAUUCCUUCAAUUGUAUUCAAACAACUCAAUGUGCAUAGUUCUAAAAAAAUAAUAAAGAAAUAAAAAGGAAA